AUGCACAGCUCAACAGUGCUUGCCACCAACAUUACCUCGUCGUUGAGUUUGCAGUUGCAGUGUGAUGAAGCUAAAAAGAAGGCUAUGAGAGUUUUGGGGAUCCUUCAAAGGAAUCUCUCAUUGUGCGAUCAAUCGGUUAAGGCAGGCUCAUACCUAUCUUUAGUGUAUCCGAUUGUUGAAUAUGCCGUACUGUUGUUUGGUCUCCGCAUACAAAUAAAGGGAUUGACUAUAUUGAAUCCAUUCGAUGCCGUGCAGCACGUUUUGUUAACAGCAAUUAUUACAGCCGCUAUAUAGUACUGUUUCAUCUAUGCUUACCGAUUUGAUGUGGCCUUCACUGCAGUCAAGGCACAGGAUAUGCGAUCUCGGCAUGGUUUGA